CGUAGUGCAGGACACUGACGUUCAUCAUUUACACCUACAGACUUUGCGGAAAUCCCCAAAGCCUUCAAAAUUUUCAGAUUCUCGAUUCGGAUUUCUUCUCAUCAUGGUCGCUUUUGCCUCUUGCGCGUUGUACGCGUUAAACGCUCUUAUGUUCCUCUCUGCAAACAAUCCCGUCGUUGCCACCCCUGUUCCACAGACUGCAGAGACAGCUAAGUCAGCCUGGUGGCUCGCAAACAUUGCUCGUAAUGGCGCUCCAGCCUUUGGUACUGAUCAGGGAUACAAAGUCUUCCGCAAUGUCAUGGACUAUGGUGCAAAAGGCGAUGGCAUCACGGAUGACGCAGCCGCAAUCAACAGGGCCAUCUCUGAAGCCAUCCCGGGUCAGGAACGCUGUGGCCUUGGUUGCGAUUCCAGAACAACUCAGCCUGCAAUCAUAUACUUUCCUUCAGGCACAUACCUAGUCUCCAAGUCCCUCAAGCAGCAUUACUACACUCAGAUGAUCGGGGAAAUCACCUCGCUUCCUGUCCUUAAGGCUACACCUGAUUUCAAUGACAUGGCCAUUAUCGAUGCGGAUCCCUAUGAGCCAGAUGGCGCCAACUGGUUCACCAACCAGAACAACUUUUUCCGCCAGGUGCGCAACUUUGUCAUUGAUACUACCGCUCAACCACCAAACAUUGGCGCUGGUAUUCACUGGCAGGUCGCCCAAGCCACGUCUCUCCAGAAUAUCCGCUUCGAGAUGGUAAAGGGUGGGGACAACAAUGCACAGAAAGGCAUCUUCAUGGAUAACGGAUCUGGUGGUUUUAUGACCGAUCUUACCUUCAAUGGAGGUGCCUAUGGUGCUUUUCUCGGCUCGCAACAAUUCACUGUCAGGAAUGCUACAUUCAAUGAUUGCAAGACUGCCAUCUUCAUGAACUGGAACUGGCUCUGGUCGUUCCAUGGUCUGACCAUCAAUGGUGCUGACAUCGGCAUUGACAUGGCUAAUGGAUCUCCCUCCUUGACCGGAAGUGGAGUCAACCAGACCGUCGGAUCUGUGCUUGUGCUCGAUUCUACCAUCAAUGCAAAGAUCGGCGUAAAUAGCUCCUUUUCGGAAGACAGUGCUCCCACGACUGGAGGCACCCUUAUUCUCAACAACGUCGACAUGACAAACACUCCUAUUGCCGUCCAGGGUGCGUCUCAGGAGCAAGUCCUCGCAGGAAGCGCCAAGAUCGACUCUUGGGCCCAAGGUCAGCAAUAUGUAGACAUGAGCCCUGGAAAUCGCAUUCAAGACACUACACCUGCCCCAAGCAAGCCGGCUGAGCUCCUCAAGGAUGGCAAGAUUUUCACUCGAAGCAAACCUCAAUACGAAACUGUCCCUGUCGACAAAUUUGUCUCUAUCAAAACGGUCGCUAAAGGCGAUGGCAAGUCUGACGACACCCAGGCCAUUCAAAAGGCACUCAACGAUCUUGCCGACGAUCAGAUUCUGUACGUUGACCACGGCGCCUACCUGAUUUCCGACACCAUCACCAUCCCGUCCAACAAAGCUACUCGUAUCGUUGGCGAGCUCUGGCCGAUGCUCCUUGUCACAGGGGAAAAGUUCGCGGACGCAUCCAAGCUUGUCCCUGCGAUCAAAGUCGGUGCCAACGCCGGCGACUCCGGAUCUCUCGAAAUGAGCGACAUGAUCAUCGGCACCCAGGGCCCCGCUCCCGGCGCAACCCUCAUGCAAUGGAAUCUCGCAUCCGAGCAAGGCGCCUCCGGUCUCUGGGACGUCCACUGGCGCGUCGGCGGCUACGCCGGCUCAAACCUGCAACUCGACAAGUGUCUCAAGUCCAACACCACCGCCUGGACCGCGGACAGCGUGCGCCCCGACUGCCAGGGCGCAGGUCUGCUUUUCCACGGCGCAAAGGGCGCCGCAAACUACUACCUCGAGAACACCUGGUUCUGGGUCUCCGACCACGAGCUCGACUCCGCACCCUUCAGCCAGAUCGACAUCUUCAAUGGUCGCGGCGUGCUCAUUGAGAGCGAGGGGGCGAGUUGGUGGUGGGGCACCGCGUCCGAGCAUAACGUACUCUACAACUACCAGCUCUCCGCCGCAAAGAACGUCUUCAUGUCCGCCAUCCAGACCGAGACGCCGUACUUCCAGGGCAACCCGGACGCCACCGUGCCCUUCGCCGUGCAGUCCGCCAUCAACGACCCCGAUUUUGCAACGUCAUGUAAGGACGACACACCAGGUUGUAAGAAGGCCUGGGGCCUGCGCGUGCGCGACUCGUCGGACGUCCUGCUCUUCGGCGGCGGGCUGUACAGCUUCUUCGAAAACUACGGCCAGACGUGCGUGCCGGGCAAUGAUUGCCAGCUUAACAUGGUCAGUCUGGAGGGCACGCAGAGCAAUGUCCAUCUGUUUGGCCUAAGCACGAAGGCGAGUGUUAACAUGGUGACUGUGGAUGGUGUGGGCGCGGCGCUGGAUAAGGAUAAUCGGAGUAACUUCUGCGCUACGCUCGCGAGGUUUAGUGCGAGCACGAAGUAGGGUGGACAGUGGAGGGUUUCUCUUUUUUUUUCCUUUAUUCAUGGGGAUUUGUAUCAGAUACCCAAACGGCAUCACCCUGGCUGGUCGCACCGGGGUUUGACGCGGUUUGCAUUAUUAGGCGUUCUUUGAGGGGUAUGUAUGUGGAUAGACUG